AUGGGUCGACGCAUUAGGCAUUUGAGUCGCAAGCUCAGGCAUAAGAACACCUUACUGCCACCUGCUGAAAUCGCCGCUUCCCAUGAGAGGUCGCCAGAAGACGGUCGGGUUCUUGACCCCCAAUUUGGCCUCGGGGCUGCUACACGUCCGCAACGUGAACAAGAAACCACUACACCAAAGAUUGGAGCUGCAAACAACAGUACCAUGACAAAGUAUGGGGAAAAUCAGGGCGAGCUCACCAAGGAGUCCAAGGAUAUGCUGGGUUUAGCUGAUACCACGACAACGGACAAAGCUACCUCCCAGAAUCCAGUUGUUACUCACGAAACCGUUCAGCCACAUGUGCACGAAGUUAUUCAGGACCAGGUCUAUCGGGAUAUACAUGAACAUGAAGUUUACCAUCGAAUACAGCCGGUCUAUGCGCUCGAAGUGGCCCCUCCUCGUCACUUCGUACCAGACCCUAAUGGAGAUCUGAUUGAGGUCCUUGAAAGUGACCUGCCCCACUGUACAGGUGCAAAUCAACGAUGGGCAAUCGGCGAGAUGCAGCCAGCUGGAGAUCUCGGAGAUUAUGCGAAACUCUCGAGUGUAUCCCAAGACAUGAUACAACGGCCCAAUGAGGAACAACGAAUGAUUGAUGCGGAGCGGCGUAUGCCUUCUGAGAAGGCUGAGAUUGUCGGCGGUAAUUACAAGGCGAGUUCAACAACAAUUUUCACAUCUUGUCUGCAUUCGUUCGUUAAUAAAGUCAAUAGACAUUUUCCAAUGAGAAAGAUGCGCAACGCUGUGAGCGCAACAGCUCGAUUUGGUAUGGUGUUGGAGUAA